CGUGAACAGGAUCCUGAAGCAGGAAAGAAAUCAAAAGAUUUUUUGAUAAAGGUGCUGUCCUGAGGGUUUUUAUCCAGUCUCUCAACAAGUGGAACAAUCAUAGUCCAAUAAUGAACAAGGAAGAAUUGACUUUACCUGGCUACUCACAAAGUGCUAUCCAAACACAUAUUCCAGAGAACACAGUUGCCACUGAUGACAAUGUGACCGAAAGUGAUGAGAAUUUGGAGCGAGGCAACUGGUCUUCCAAGGCUGACUACCUGCUCUCAAUGAUCGGUUAUGCUGUGGGUCUGGGUAACGUCUGGCGAUUCCCCUAUCUGGCAUACAAAAAUGGAGGAGGAGCAUUUCUUAUUCCCUACGUUAUCAUGCUAGCGCUCACCGGGAUGCCCCUGUUUUUCUUGGAAUGCUCCUUUGGACAAUUUGCCAGCCGCGGACCUGUUGCAGUGUGGAAAGCUGUUCCAAUCAUGCAAGGUGUGGGCAUUACUAUGGUCCUGAUAUCAGCACUUGUGACCAUUUAUUACAACUGCAUCAUCGCCUACAGCCUGUUCUACCUGUUUGCCUCCUUCCAAUCUCCCCUGCCAUGGUCAGACUGCUUUAGCUGGUGGGGUGCAGAUGAAACCUGCAGCAAGACAUCGAAAGGUCCACUCUGCAAUAUCACACUAGACAAUGGAUAUUUUGAAAUUGUUAAUUCAACAUGGCUGCAAGCAAACAAUGAAACUUGCGUAAAUGGAUCAGAAAUUGAUGUUCCUCACCAGGGUCCAAGUGAGCAAUACUGGGAUAAAGUGGCUUUACGUCGUACAAGUUCAAUUGACGAGACGGGGAAUAUAGUCUGGUACUUAGCCCUCUGUCUGCUUCUGGCCUGGCUGAUAGUUGGAAUAGCACUAUCUAAAGGAAUCAAAUCUUCAGGAAAGGUGGUUUAUUUCACUGCGACGUUUCCUUAUGUGGUUCUCAUUAUACUACUGAUCCGAGGUGCUACUCUGGAUGGAGCCUAUAAAGGAAUUGAAUUCUAUAUUGGAAGCCAGUCAGAUAUCAGUAGACUAUCUGAUGCUGAGGUUUGGAAAGAUGCUGCAACUCAGAUAUUCUAUUCAUUGUCAGUUGCUUGGGGAGGUUUAACAGCACUGUCAUCCUACAACAAAUUCCACAACAACUGUUACUCAGAUGCCAUCAUUGUCUGUAUUGUUAAUUGUGCUACGAGUGUGUUUGCUGGAUUUGCCAUCUUCUCUGUCCUUGGACAUAUGGCUCAUAUACAAGACAAGCUUGUUUCAGAGGUUGCAAAAUCAGGUUUUGGUUUGGCUUUCAUUGCCUAUCCAGAGGCUCUUUCACAACUGCCAGUGGCACCAUUUUGGUCCAUUUUAUUUUUCUUCAUGCUGGUCACGCUUGGACUUGACAGUCAGUUUGCAACUAUAGAAACAAUUCUGACAACGCUGAUGGACCAAUACCCCAAGUCUCUACAAUCAAAACGUUUUUAUCUGACAAUAGGCAGUUGCUUGAUAUUUUUUUUCCUUGGCCUCACAUGUGUAACACAGGCUGGGAUUUAUUGGAUCAAUCUACUGGAUCAUUUCUGUGGUGGAUGGGGAAUUAUUGUAGCAGCUGUUGUGGAACUUAUUGGUAUAAGUUGGAUCUAUGGGGUAAACAGAUUCGUCAAGGACAUUGAAAUGAUGAUUGGGGAAAAGAGUUGGAUAUUCUGGCUGUGGUGGAAACUGUGUUGGUUUUUUAUCUCCCCAUGCCUGCUGGCAGCAAUUUUAAUUUGGUCCUUCGUGACAUUUGUUCCACCAAUAUAUGGAUCUGUUCAGUAUCCUGCUUGGGGAACAGCACUUGGCUGGUGUAUGAUUAUCUUCUGUAUUAUAUGGAUCCCCAUUGUGGCCAUUGUGAAUAUUGUCCAGGCUGAGGGUUCCAGUAUAUUUCAGAAAAUCAUGAAAACUUCCAAGCCAACUCCAGACUGGGGUCCAUACUUAAAGCAACACCGAGGGGAAAGAUAUAGCAAUAAGCAUGAAUCUAAACAAACUACUAUGUCUGAGAUGGCAAAAGUUUAGACAAUUGUUAUAAUUCAAUUUGUAAACAUUCAUUUCAAGUUUUGAAGAAUAUUUCUAAAAGUUGGUUUUAAAAGAAUAGGUGAAUGAAUCUGUCAAAAUACAGUAACAAUUUUAAGGACACAAAUUCUUCAUGUAUAAUUCUGUCAGCGAAAAGCAUUUAUUGAGAAUUCAUGCUUGUUUUUCCAAUGUGCACACCAAAUGGCAUGGCUACAUGCCUGAAGCACACAUUCAUUAAAUUAUCCCUCUCAAUUUUGACUUUUUAAAAAAGUCAUAUCUUGAAAUAUUUAAACAAUGAUAAUGGUAAGUAUCUUUACUCUCAAAAAGUGAAUAAAUUGGGUUCAUGUCAUGGAUUAAAAUUAAAAAAAGAUAUGGAACUGUAACCAAACCCACCUUAAGACCAACCACUUCCAUUUUUAAUGAAGGUAGGACAAAAGGUGGUGACCAAAAUCUCUUGGUAAGGAGAUUGGACAUUUAAAUAAUAUAAUAUUACAUGCCUUCAUUUUGAUAAUUGUUCUAUUUUUAAUCAUUGACAACUGGGUUUCCCAGGUCUCAGGGAAAGAUAAGAAGGACAGAAUCCAUGUGCAAUAGACUUGUGGACAGAAAAAGCAGGAAUAUUUCCUCCUGGACCAACGAGCUACAUACUAAACAGUACCCUUCACCCUUGUUCCCAGCUGACUACUGUUGGGCCUGCUCACCUCCAUCAGAAUACUCAGCCAAGAUCUACUCCCACCAACUGUAUCAAAACGACCCCUGCUAUGAUCAGGAACCCCAACUCCACUCUCCAGACGAACUGCACAGUGCUCUGCCCACAAUCAGAAUUCCAAAUCUAAUACUGAUAAGCCCCUUGCCCAAAAUCUCCACAUACCAUGAACUGUAUACAACUGACACACCCUCAUAAUCCAGCACUUCAUCCAUAAUCGCUGCUCUGAAAUCUGGAAACACAACCUCACCACAGUCUUCCUCAUUCCUAACUACCUGCUCAGAUAGUCUUAGGUCUUGUCAAGUUUGAUUAAACACUUGCAUGUUAAUCAAACAUAGGAAUUUAAAGAAGCCCGGCAAUUAAAGUCUGCAGGGCAUUUAGAAAUGUUUACCAACCACACAACUACAGCCUUUUCCCUCUCCCCUCCAGUCCUUAUAAAACUUUCCUCUAAAUAAAAUCUACACUAAAG